CAUUGGAAUAGGAUAAUCUAUUGCUUGCACAGGUCUCUUGUCAGUAAUUGACGUUCGUGAACAAGACCUGAAGCGUACAACGGCAGAGCCUGGCAGAGUCCGGAAAGAAGGAGAGCAGGACUGGGAGGGUCACACCAGCCGCUAGGGAUGUUGAUACAACCAAACCCAGAACACUCAUUGUAAUCUAAUUAAGAAUCACAGUUCACAAAGUUCCGUCAUUACUCUAUCGUUUAUUGUAAAAAGGUGCCAACUAAAUGACUCAAUUUUUUUAAAGUUUCAUGACCAAAUUUAUUCAGGUUAAUGUGGGCGUGUCAUCGGGAGGGCGCGGCGCGGAACAAACCACGCCCCCACCACCGCCUCCACUUCCCACUGUGUCCUUCCCUCCGCCACUCCCCGCCUCGCUGCACGGAUGCCCGAUAUUCUCUUAUGUAAUUAAUCCUCGCCUUGCAGGUGUCCGCAUUCCCUGCCACAGGUGAGGCUGGCCUGCACCGCCUUCAGCUGUUAUUCUGAACCUUCGAAUUCCAUCAUCCCGCCAACGCUGACGAGCACAGGGCGAGGGAGGCGCGCGCGGUGGUGUUGCCGACAGCAAGGGUGAAGAUUAGAGAGGCGAGGCGGGUGGGAGGGGCGUGGGGGCGCGGCGGGCAGGAGCCGCGGGCCCUGCGCCGACCCAGCGAGCACGGCCGCCGCUGCUACACGCUUCAGGGACUGGCUACCUUAGUCCCCGACGUACGCUUCACUAGUCCACCACGCAUCACCAACUCUCCCGAGCCGCCUGCCCCGCUCUGAUCCCGCGUUAAUACCCUAGUGUACUCAUGUGUGAAGGCUGGCCUGCCUCCGCCGCCCUCCUGCCCCUCUAGUGCAGUCCGUACGUCCCGCGCCCUCGACGCAACACUAGUAACACCCAAACUGCUGGAAUAUUUCACCUACGCGAGAUAGAAAAAAAUCGAAACUUUUUUUUUGUUUUUCUUUUUUUUGGGUAAUCGUGUUUAGUAGUGGGGCAGCCGCGUGGAGUGGCCAGCGGGCGCUGUGGUGGUGAGCCCAUGUGUGACUGUCCGCACGCCGGACUGGACAGUGCCUGUAGUGCCGUGACCCCGGUGACCGCGUGGCCGUGUGUGUGACCUCAGCUAGCAGCGAUCGUCUUGGCUGCCCUGCUCCAGGGCACCCUCGCCGCUCACCGCAGCACACACUUUAUAUUUCAUCCCAGGAAGAUCACGAGCCGGCACGAUUGCCCGACAGGAUACCAACGUGUUCACGAUGCCCCAUAAAGGCCACAGCGGCAUAAACCAGCUGGGGGGCGUCUAUGUGAACGGCCGCCCCCUGCCAGACUCCACGCGUCAGAAGAUCGUGGAGUUGGCACACUCAGGCGCCAGGCCCUGCGACAUCUCGCGCAUCCUGCAGGUGUCCAAUGGCUGCGUCUCCAAGAUCCUGGCCAGGUACUACGAGACGGGCUCCAUCAAGCCGCGGGCCAUCGGCGGCUCUAAACCCCGCGUUGCCACGCCCCACGUCGUGCAGAAGAUCGCAGAGUACAAACGGGAGUGUCCCUCUAUCUUCGCGUGGGAGAUUAGAGACCGGCUGCUCUCGGAGUGCGUCUGUACCAACGACAACAUCCCCAGCGUGUCCUCCAUCAACAGGGUGCUGCGGAACCUGGCCGCACAAAAGGAGCAAGGAUCAGUGGGCGUGUCAGCGAGCGGUGGCGAAAGCGUCUACGAUAAGCUGCGGAUGUUCAACGGCGGAGCGGCGGCGGCGGGGUGGGCGGCGGCUUGGUACCCUGGGGCAGCAGCGGGGCACCUCGGCCUGCCCCAACACCACAACACCGCCCUGCCGCCCCUGCCACGCGAGGACCCUAAGCGAGGACUCUUCUCCCCGUCAGACAACAACAACGAGGUGACGAGCGACGGCAACAGCGAACAUAACUCCAGCACCGACGAGGACUCCCAGCUGCGCCUCCGCCUGAAGCGCAAACUCCAGAGAAACAGAACCUCCUUUACCAAUGAGCAGAUAGACGCCCUGGAGAAAGAGUUUGAGAGGACCCAUUACCCAGAUGUGUUUGCCCGCGAACGACUGGCUGAGAAGAUCGGCCUCCCGGAAGCCAGAAUACAGUCGGUGCAGGUUUGGUUCAGCAACCGGCGGGCCAAGUGGCGGCGGGAGGAGAAGCUUCGCAACCAGCGGCGCAGCGUGGAUCAGGUGGGCGUGGGCGUGGGCGUGGGCAUGGCAAACAGUGCCGCCGCUGCCGCAGCCUCCAGACUGCCCCUUCAGUCCGGCUUCAACUCCAUGUACCCGUCCAUCCCGCAGCCCAUCGGCACCAUGGCAGACUCCUACAGCAUGUCCGGCUCGCUCAGUUCCAUGGGCGGCUCGUGUCUACAGCAGCGCGAGGCGGCGGCGGCCUCAGCCUAUCCUUACAUGUUCCACGACCCGCUAUCUUCCCUGUCCUCCUCCUACCAGCGGUCUUCAUCCCAGCUGGCCUCUUGCGGCAACGCGGCAUCCCAGGUAGCCGUGUCCUCCUUCAAUGCUGCCAGCCACGCGGCGGCCGCUUCCUAUGCAGCCGCCACAUCCUCUGCAGGAGGCACAGGUACAGGCUUGAUAUCGGCAGGAGUGUCGGUGCCGGUGCAGAUCCCCAGCCAGACCCCAGACCUGAGUGCUGCGAAUUACUGGCCUCGGCUUCAGUGAUGGUCUCUGAUGUGCGAGACCGACCUCUCGGCCUCGCAGUACCCCUCGCAGGUCUACGCCGCCGCCACGCCUGUCGCCCCGACUGCUGCCACCCCGCUCCCGCCUUGAAGGUGCGAGUGUCUUUCUAGUAUUGCGGGGGAGGAACUGCCCACCGGAUGCGGCGGCCGUGGCGGGUCGCGGCGGCCCUCACACCUUUCAGACGUGACUUAGUGCAGCGCGGAGCUGUCUUGAGCGUGGCUCUAACAGUUGAGGGCUUAAAUUACCACGGCGUGACCUUGACCGUGAGGCGCCGCUUGUUCUUAAUUAAAAUCUUUAAAUAUGGGUGACCUCGGUGAAGGCCGCCCUCCACGGCCCGGGAGAGGGACGACCGAGCCGUCGCGGCGUCAUCCGGCAGCGAACACUUUUGUACCGAUACUCCCGGUUCCCUCGGUCACCUUGGAGUGGUCGUCUUGAUUCAGACACCUUUGGCCAGAGUGGAGGGUACGUACCAUUGUAAAACCAAGGAUUCCGUCGUUCCCAGUAACAGGAGGUGGGGUCAGCGAGGGAGAGGGGAGGAAUAAAAGCCAAACAUGCAAACAGCAAACAAACUUGGGUCAGACCUGCGCUUGUUACUCCUGCCAAUGUAUAUUUCAAAGUCUUUCUAAAGCGCAGGUCGGUGACGAGAGACUUUGACGACACACGCCACCCUCUCUCCCUCCGCCCCGGCGUGAGGCGCACAAAGCAACUCACUACACAGCCACCAUGCCACGCCGCGCCGCGCCACCAAGCGCCUCGACUUGACUCACUGCAUGUUCUCAUCUCCACUGGUAAUGAACAAGGGACAACACGAGGAUACCCGUAGCUUAGGUUAAAUAUUUAGUUGCAUAAGUUGCUGUAGCUCUCGAGUCAGGCUACAGCGCCCCUGAGUCAGACUAGGGAAGCGAGGGGCGCGGGUUGCCGACUGGGAGGAGGGAGCGGCACCAUCCUGCCUCUCCCCACUCCCUCCCGGUACCUGACACCUAUUUAUUACUGUAUAAAGGUGUGUAAACAAGACUUGUGUAUAGUGUAGUAGACUGUGUAGAUUAGCGAUCAUACUCAUACGUACACACAACACCGCCGUCGAGCCCCACCAUCUUAGAUUAUGUUUUCACAUCGUCAGUUUUUAUUUCCCGGCAAAGUUCUCUCCUCGAGGCACUUCUAUAGCUCGGAAACUUUUAAUCACCCACCCACCCUCUGUGGCUGGUGCGGGGAGGAGGGGCGACGAACACCACAAUGCCGGCUAUUAACCGUACCUGCCGCACCCCCGCCGUCAAGGGUCCCCCACCACCACCAUCACCACCACCACUACAGCCACCGCCGCCGCCACCACUCCACUUAUGACAAAUUCAAUCUGAUCAGAUAUCAGACUUGGUUUCACCUGAAUGGUGGCGCAUUUCACGAACUAAUUUCCCAUAAAAUUAGCGACAAAGGACUUCAUUCUGAGCGCAUGGUGGGAAUUUUACAGCGCAUAGUCGUGUUGAGCGUGCCCAGUGUAGCGGCGACGAGGCUGGGCGCGACGCUCAAUGCCUGUCACUUGCAGAAUAGCGGGCCAGUGUUGACGCUGAAAACACCCGCCAUCCCGCCCCGCCCCGCCCCGCCCCACACCCUUAAUUGAUCGGCGUAAUGUGAAUGCCUUACUUUUUUAAACAUAUAUAUUUUACGGAGAUGAAAGGCUGCCCUAACAAGAACCCCAUUGUGAGGCCUUGCGGAAUCACACCAACACUGUCACGUACACUCUGGGGUGAUAGCGAUACGCCGCGGAGAGAGAGGGGAGGAACCAGACAGACGAGAGAGAGAGAGAGAGAGAGAGAGAGAGAGAGAGAGAGAGAGAGAGAGAGAGAGAGAGAGAGAGACGUGGGGGAUAAGGGAAGGAGGGGUGGUAAAGAUAAUUAAAUAAACAAGCCCCACCACCGCCCCGCCACCACCACAACCAGUGCAAUUAAAAAGAAAAAGUCUGUGAAAUCUGAGUGCCGUUUGCGUGGCUUCAUAAAAGCGUUGUGCGCGUCCCGCGGGAAUGACUGACUCAAUGGACGGGCGGGAGCUGCGCAUUUUGGUCAAGGUUCUCAAACCCUUCACACACACACUCACACACACACACACUCACACAAUAACAUCAUACAAAAUUACUAUUUUUCUUCAACUUAUUAUCCCUAUCAGUAAUUUACUUCAUAUUUGCGCGCCCACGCACGGACGCACGCGCGCGCGCGAGCACACACACACACACACACACACACACACACACACACACACACACACACACACACACACACUCGCAUGGCCACACUUUCCCCUCGGAGGCGACAAACACACAAGGGGAAUCUGUGUUGCAAUGCACGAUGAAAGGCUAAUACUGGCCGAUUUUUUCCCCUCCCCCAGUCAGUUAAUAACACCAGUUGAUAUUCGACUGACAAAUGCACGCCGCUUCAGAUUGCAAACAAGCACCCUCCCUUCCUCCCUCCCUCUCCCUCCCCCCCUGCCUAAAUAUUGCAUUCAUCCCGGCGUCAACAUUAUCAUAUAUUACUCCAGUCAUCAGUAGCGCGAGAGUUUAUGCUGCAGUGAAAUUAUAUGAAAAAAAUCAUAAAUAAAUAAAAAAAAAAACAUAACAUAUACACUAUACAGUACAUACGCACCUGACAGUUAUUAUGUACAUAUGGAAGUAUAAAUAAUGAUACAGGAGUGAUGAUAAAUAAUGAUAAAUAAAAACGUAACAAUAAUAAUGAUAGCGACAACAACAUGGAGUCGGUCGGUCGUUGGUUGGUUGGUUGGUUGGUUCCCUGACUCUCACACAUCGCACAGCACAACACAACACAGCACUGGUCCCUUUUUUCGAGAAUGAUGGAGCAUAUGGCAAUACUAAAACAUACGACCUUGUUAAUAACGGGGACGGGUGAUGGAGGGUUAUGGUGGACCGCGUGACACCACACUACCAUAAAACACCACCACGCACCACUUCCACCACCACUACUACUACUACUAUACUACUACUAUUACUACUACUAUAGCUCUCUCCGUCACCCUGCCGUCACUCAGCCCAGUCGGGUUACGCAUCACAGCACCACAGCACCACGGCAGCACCACCAUACCCACUCCAUCCCGCUGUGUUCUGCUUCUGUGUAGUAACGCUCAUACCAAUAUUUUGCGGCGCAGACUGACUGAACCCGUGUGUGUGUGUGUGUGUGUGUGUGUGUGUGUGUGUGUGUGUGUGUGUGUGUGUGUGUGUGUGUGUUAUUGCUUGUAUUGUUAUCAUUCCCGCUGUGUUUUGUUGGUCAUCUCCAUAGAAAGGAAAGGGAAGGGUGGGAUGCGGGUGGGGGGAUGGGGCGGGGUAUUCCACACUAACUGAUGGUCUAGUCAAAGGCAGCUAGUGUUGUGUACGACCGUGUGUAAUCAUUACCUAUUAUCAUUACCAUUAUUCUUAUUAUUAUUACUUUUAAUGAUAACUUCGUCUUGGAUACGUCCUCGCAGACGCGGGAAUUACACGAUGUUGAUAUAUCGGUUAAAACAAUCUGGUAUUUCCCACUGUAUACUUUGUUCGUUACGAUGAAUGUCGAUGUUUUUUGCAUGAUGAGAGGCAUACAAAGGCCCAGCGGACAGCGACCCACCCACCCUCAGCUACAUACACUUCACGUAAUAAGCUCACCCAAAGUCGUUUAGUCACGUACGUACAUAAUUAUAUAAAUGCUAUACCCCCUUUCCGUUUUACGUUGAAGGAAGUAAGAAUGAACGCAGUUAAUAAGAAAAUCAAUUAAAAUCAACAUAACACAGUACAAGGAAGAGGAGAGACAGUGACUGCAAGGAACGGCUGCCCUGAUCUCCACUGUUUCCACUAAUGUUAUAAUUUCAGGACCAAUUUUAUAAACAAUACGUGAUUAUGAUGAACAUACUCUGGUUCCCAGCCAACCACCAGUCAUAUUGUGUGUAGUGAUUACUGUAUGAUAUAAUGAAAUAUAAUGAAACCUGGUAA